GCAAAGAUGCUAUCACAGAGAAAAAGUUUCACACACCUGAUCUCAUCAGUGAUGAAGACUAUGACAGCGAUGCUCAGUACAUAUCUAGUCCUCAGUUCUCCAGCCAGAGCUGGAUGUCAUUCCAUUCGCGUAGCCGCCAGACGGAGAAAAGCGAUGCCUCACGAAGCUUGGGAUCAGAUGAGAAAAUCAUGUCGAUUUUGCCCGAUAGCGAUUCUAACCCUUUGGUAUCCUCUCAACACCAACGAAUAUACUCUCUUGCUAUUCCUAAGAGAAGAAGCGCUGUCAGCCACUUGACUCCGAAGAACCGCACCCGUUCCUUAGGGGCGAAUGUCCUCCAAGAUACAGAGUCCUGUACAAGCCAGAAUGACCUCGUCGGCACAUCUACGCCUGAAGUCAAGAGCAAGUUUACCGAAUUAUUCAAUUUUCGAAAAAGGGAAUAUGAGGAUUCAAACGACUCGACUAGAAAAGUCAGUAUUGGAUGGAUGACGGAAGGUAAACGUUGCGGGUAUGGAUACUCUUUCGUCAAAGGUGAGGAGCCUGAUAAGACCACUACCAAGACCAACCCUGCUUCAAACAGCCCUUGUAAAAGUACGAAUAACGACAAGAAAGCUUCUGCCCAAACCUAUGCAACCAAGGAUGUGGACCAAAUCAUAAAUAUCAAAGUCCAGGCGAAGGAAGCUGUCAAAUUAGCGGCAGAAAACCAGGAGACUUAUAGCAAAAGGCAUUCCCGGUUACCAAAAUUCGUGAGCAACCCGAAGGCAGAGACAAAUUAAC